UAGCCACUAGAGGGAACAUCUGUUUACUACCAAGACUGAAUGGCCUAAUGUUAUUAAUUUUCAACUUAAUAAAUUGCUUAAUUAGGACUUACUGUUGUUAAUGUUGCGCAGAAGUUAAAAGUUAACAGUAAAUAUUUUUUAAUACAUGUAUUAUUGAAUUUGAGAUAGGCCUUUUUGUUUUUGUACAAAUAAUUUCAAAAGGUCAAAAUGCCAGGUGCUGGAGUUAAAAACUUGUACCUAGCUAAAUCACUAAAAGAACUCAACAAACUCACGGACACUCCAUUACAAGAUGUGAAAAAUAUAAAAACAGCAUGUACCUCAGCCAGGAGAGUAUACAAUGAAGCAAGAUCUUGUCAACAACUUGGAGAUGAAGAAAAAUCAUAUGUUUUGUUUAUGAGGUACUUUUCCCUUGUAAAGUCCAUUAGGAAGACACUUGAAUAUCAGAAAAACAAGGAAUAUUUUGACAAGUUGAUGGGAGAACACAGCUUCAAAGAAACUCUGACUUCAGCAGAAAAACUGAGUGCAAGUCUAUCUAAAAGGUAUGGUGUUCUUCAGGAAAGCAAAAAAAGUGAAGAAAAAGAAACUAACAAAAGUCCUAGUUUGCCAGAAAAAGAAAAUGUUGUACAGAAACAAACCAUUAUUGAAUCCAAUCAUACUGAACCUUUGUUUCAUGAACAAACAAAUGGAGAAAAAGAAUUAACUGAUGAUGGUGAAGGAAAAAAAGAGAACUGUAUUACAAGUCAAAAAUUAUAUGAACUCUUUAUGGACAAUUCAGUUUCUCUUCUAAUCAUGGAUGCAAGACCAUCAAAAGACUUUCUUAAUUCCCAUAUCAAACAUUCUUCCUGCAUUAAUGUACCAUCAGAAAUCUUAAAGCCCGGGAUUACAGCAGUUGGUCUUACUAAGUCCAUCCCAGAGGAUUUCAUAUUUCAGUGGAAUCAACGCAACCUUGUGGACUUUGUUAUAAUAUUAGAUUGGAAUAGCACUGAAAAUUCUGUAAAAAUGGGAAGUCCUCUUCAUUCCUUAUGUGAAGCCAUCUGGAAGUGGGAUGUUUCCAAGAUACUGAAAAGCAAGCCACUGGUUCUUGAGGGAGGAUACGAAGAUUGGCUUCUUCGUUAUCCAAUGUUAACAACCAAUGCUAAUGUAACAGCUCCUAAUUUGGACAUGUCAAUUUUAUCUGCAGAUUUGUCCAAUAAACUUGUUUCUGAAGUUGAUUAUCCAAAUCUAGAUGAAGCUUUUUCAGAAUCCUCUGACUCUUCAUCACCUGUUCAGGACAAUACUAGUUUCACAGUUAAGUUUCAAGAUCUUUCAUUCAAACCAGUCAGUACACCACCACCAGUUGUUAACAGAAGUACUAAACCCUCAUCUUUUGUUGAAAAUACAGAUAAAAAGAAAGCUUUCUUCAAAGAAAGAGUAGAUCAAUCAUCUUUUGAUUCAGUAUCCAUUGACAAGUCUUCUGGUCCAGAGAGCAAGAGUCUAUCACCGAAAACUAUCCAAAUCCCAGAUAGAAAGUUGAAACCCAAAUCAACACCAUCAGCAAGCUCUGACACAAAACUAUCCAUUGACAGGCUGUCAUCACCUGUCAAAGGUUCUGUGGAACAAGACAGAGAACAAGAAUUACAAAUUAAAGAACACGCAGUAGCAGAACAAAGUUUAGAUAUAGCCAAAGAGCAAUUAGAAAAAGAGAAACAGUUUGAAGCUUUAAGAUUAAAAAGAGCUUGUGAAGCGGAGGAAGGUAUGAGAAUAGAACUUCAGAAACAAGAAGAAGCUUUGUUGGAGAGAAUAAAUGCUCUUGAGGAAGAGAAAAGAAAGAAAGAUUUAGAAAUGCAAAAGAUCCAAGAUUAUUGUGAAAAGAUGAGACAGCAAUUAAAAAAGCAUGAACAACAGAAAAGUGAAGAACAAGAAAAGCUCGGUCAGAUAGAGGCCAUAAAGAAAACAGUUCUACAAGAAACCGAAAGGUUGCGACGAGAAAGAAAACAAAAGGAAAAAGAACAAGAAGAACUUUGCAAACAGAAAGAAAAGGAGAAGCAUGAUAUGGAAAUGAGAGAAAAAACAAAUAAGAAGUCUCAAGAAGAUAAUGUUCAUGCAAAAGCACUUUCAAAGCAUGCAGCAGGUAGUGAAGUCAAAGGAAGACCUAGCUCAGCAAAGGAAGGAGAAUAUAGUGUUCGAUUAAAGGAAGAUGUAGAUCAUGAAGACUUAUCUUCUAAACGUGGUUUAUCACGUUCACACUCUUCUCCAAACAUUGCUCAGAUGAUUGCUGAAGAAAAUGACCAAUCAGUGAAAGUACGGAUGCCAGAAUUUGAUCGCUCUCUCAAGCCAAGAAAUGAAAUUUCAUCGUCUCCCACACAUUAUGGAGCAAAAUUAGUGGAACUGAAUGCUGCUCGCUUGCGAAACCUUACUCCGGUAUAUGGUAAUCAGGGUCAAGCAGGGACAGGUCUGAAGAAUUUGGGAAACACUUGUUUUAUGAAUUCUGUGUUGCAGUGUCUUGUAAACACUACCACUUUUGCCAUACAUUUUAUUUCUGGCCGGUAUAAGCGUCAAAUAAACAUAGAAAACAAGCAAGGUACUAGAGGAGAAUUAGCUGAAGAAUUUGCUAUCAUUGUUAGAGCCAUGUGGACUGGCCAGUACCGGUCAAUAGCACCCAAAGACUUUAAAAAUGUAGUAGGAAAGCACAUCCCUGGCUUUUUAGGAUAUGAACAACAAGAUUCUCAUGAGUUUUUAGUCAUGCUUUUAGAAAAGUUGCAUGGAGACUUGAAUAGGAUGAAUUUCAAAGCAAAGUCCAAACUUCCAGACCUGGAUGAUAUUCCAGACUCUAUAGCAGUAACCCGUUUCUGGGACCAUCAUAUCAGUCAUAACAACUCUUUUAUUGUGGAUGAGUUUGAAGGCUUGCUACAGUCCACUCUAACAUGUCUUUUUUGUAAAAAAAUUUCCAGCAGCUAUGAAGUCUUUUCCUGUUUGUCUAUUCCUAUCCCAUCUGGUAAUCGCUGUACAAUCAAGGAUUGUCUACAGCUGUUCUUGAGAACGGAACAAAUGUCUGGAGAGGGUGCUUGGGACUGUCCACGUUGUAAACAAAAGAGAGAUGCUGAAAAAAAGCUUGCUAUAUGUAAGCUACCCCAGAUUUUGAUCAUUCAUCUUAAAAGGUUUUCAUAUGAAGGUAUGUGGAGAAGAAAGUUACAGAAUUAUGUUGAUUUCCCCUUGACAGAUUUUGACAUGAAACCAUAUGUAAACAUGCCUGCAACAAAGUCAUACAAUUUGUAUGGAGUUACAAACCAUUAUGGGACUUUGGAAGGAGGCCAUUAUAUUGCCCAUGUGAAAUCCAGUGUCAAUGAAAAAUGGUACAAGUAUGAUGAUCAGGAAGUGUCUGAAAUGAGCCCUGCUGAUGUUAAAACAUCAGCAGCAUAUAUUCUCUUCUAUACCUCAGUUGAUUUGCGAGUUCCAUUACAUGCCUCCUUAAAGGUGUGAUACAUUUGUGUAAAGAAAGAGGAUCAAAAGAUUUCCUGGAAUCAGAAUCUUUAGUUAUAGUUCUGGAAUGAAGUUUGGUUUGGUACAUCAUUGGACCAUUAUUUCUUAGUCUUCAGCUAAUGUAAAGUCCAACAGGAUCUUUCAAUCUUUUUAUCUUAUGAUGAUGUAAAAGUCUUCAGUAUACUCUACUUGGAAUUCGCGUGAUAUGCUGAAACAGAUCUAUUAAAUUGUUUGUUUUUAAGUUAGAGCAGGAGAUAUAUGUUUUGACUUAUUGUAAAUAAUAAUUAAAUAACAUUUAAUUGCAUAUGUUAGUUGAUUUAUGACCAAAAGAUGUGAAGAUUUUUAAAAAUGUACAGGUUAAAAGAAAUGUGUAAUAUUAGACUAUUUUAAUGUAUAGGCAGUGACUAAACGUUUUCUUCAUAUAUUCAGGAGAAAAUUUUAGAUAUGGUGCAAAAAAAAACAACCAAAAAAAGAAUUAUCAAAGAUAACACUAAAUUGCAAACUUGUAUACUAUAUAUAUGUGAUCAAAACAAAUACUGCUUUCUUUAUAUAGAAUAUUUGUAAUUAGAAGCUUGAAGAAAGAUUAAGAUAUGAGAAGAUUUUGAAUUACAGAGCUUUAAUAAGUCUUAAGAGAUCAUAAUAAGGAUUUUCAGAUAAAAUAUAUUGUAUGACUGCAAAUCUUAGUAAAAGACCUGAACAAAAUAAGACGGUUAAAUUGAAAUCGAUUUUUUUUUAAGCUACAAAAAAUGAAUCAUUAGCUUUAAGUGUAAGCUCAUUUUGGUAUUUUCACACAUGCUAACAUAAACUUGUUUACUUCUUUUAGAAAACCUAGUGAAUUUAGGUGACUUGAACUAAUCUGUUUUAACUGUACCUGUUCAUACCACAUUUAAGAGCAGAUGGAAAGUGGUGUACUUAGCAUACAAAUGUUGUAUUAUUUGCUAUAACUAACUUAUUUUUGUGUACUCACAUAGGGACUUUGACUUUUGAAUAACCCUAUAUUAUAGUAAACAGAAUCCUUUAGGGUGUCUAUGUUUAAUAAAAGCAUGAAAUAAGGUCAGAUUCUUGUGUAACUUUUUUAACUGAUAUGACUCUUUAUGAUAGUUUCACUGGUGUUAAAAACAUUUUGAGUUUACACUUUUGUGUAGAGUAUUGUUACACUCUACGUAGACUUAGAAAUAAACAGUUUUUAGUCUUUAUACCUGUAUUCUGAUCUGAGAAAACUAAGUUACUAGUACUAGUGUAAAAAUGACCAGUUGUACUAGAUAGCAUGCUGAUUUACGAACUUACAAUGCUAAAAUCUGGGACUUAAUUCCCUGCAAUAGACAGCCCAAUGUGGAUAAAAAACAAACAAACAAGACAUGCUGAUUUAAAAAAAAAAGAUGAUUUGUGAAUUCUUAGUAAUGACAAAGUCUGAUAUGUAGCAGACUACAAUAAAUGUAAGGAAUUAUAAAAAAUUUAGAAAGGAAAAAUGACAGUUCUGUUAACACUUCUGACAUAAUUGAAUCAGAACCUAAUAAUUAAAAGUGUACAGUGGUUGGAAACUGCUUCAGGUGACCCUCCUUGUUUGCUUAGUUGGAGUCCUCAAUAAAAAUUUUCCACAUUAUGAUAUACCCCAUGAAAGUCAGAGACAAGACAUUCUUGUAGUGCCUUAAUUGUUAUGGCAUACCAAGUCUGUCUUGGUUCAGUACUGGAUGUGUGUAAAAAGUUACAUUGCAAGUUUAUAAACGAUAUCUUUGAAAAUUUAGAUUGGAUAAAACUGUAACUCUUUACUACUGAGUGACAAAAAAGUGCCUGCUAUACAACAAGCCUUAAAAAUAACUUUGUAGGUCCUUUAAAAGACUAAUGAAAUAGUGCAUUAUCUACUUUGUUUUACUUGUGGGUAUGCUUUUGUUGUUAUGGUGGUGAUUUAAAAAUUUUACAAGAAUCCUCAUUUAGCUUGUGCAUCCAGUUAUGUAAAAUUGUGAAUUAUUGAAUAGUUUGUUUCUGUUUCUAUUCAAAUAUAUCUAUUUAUUGUUAGAAUCUUCUAUACUUUAAGUUCUUAAUUAAAGAAUAACCUUUCAUUUUUGAUUUACAAAUCCUUAGUCAUUAUUUCUUUAUCUAGAUAGUUAUGAAAUAUUGUUAUAAAGGGCCUAAGUAAAAUGUGAUUAGUAAUAAUCUGUCCAUAAGAUGACUUAAAUGUUAGGUGAAAUUAAUGUCAACAUUACAUCCAAUGGUUAAGCCACAAACUCUUAAUUAUUGAUAUUUUCUUUAGCCUGCAUCAUAAUAAUUCCCAGACAAUCCUUGACAUUGUUUUUUCACCAAGAUUUCUCCCUUUCAUAGCAAUGCCCCUUUAAAAACCAUACUUCACAACCAUAUUUUACUAGUGUGUUAUUUAUUGCUUUAGAUAUGCAUAAAAUAUCUCAUCAUUCUGGUGUGAGUGAUAUGAUUAUGUAAUGUACUAUUUAUCAGGGAAAUAAAAAGAAAUCUGACCAAGAUUCAGAAGUUUCAAAAUUA